AAACUUAUACAAAAUAGCACUGAGUGGCGCUUCGAACGUUAUCAAAUUUAUUUCCAAAUUGUUCAAUAAUACUGCUUUUCUUGAAAAGAGACAAUAUUGUUAUUGCAAGUUGAAUUUGACAAAUCGGAACGUAUAAAAAUGUUAUCCAACAUACUUAAAAAAUUAAUAACUCCAGCAGGACAUAAAUGGUUGUACAAUGCUGCUGGUUUUAAUCAAUAUGGAUUAAUGCGCGAUGAUCUACGAACCGAACUUGAUCCACGUGUAGAAGAAGCAUUAAAAAGACUUCCAGAUCAUAUAAUGGAUGAACGUAAUUUCCGCAUAGUAAGAGCAAUGCAAUUGGAUGCAAUGAAAAGAAUUCUUCCCCCAGAACAAUGGACUAAAUACGAAGAUGAUGUAUUAUAUCUUACCCCAUUAGUAGACGAAGUUAUUAAAGAGCGAGAAGAAAAGGAAAAAUGGGAUUUGGAAUAAAAUUGAUAUUAGAAAUGUAUUAGGAAUAAUUGUAUAUUUUAUAGGACACUGAUACAUGUUUCAUUUAAUAUGAAGAAUGUGUCAAACACAUGGAAAUAAUGUAUAAAUUAUAAAUAUAUUAAAUUAAAUAAUUUAUCAAU